GGAGCGGAGGAGCAUCUGGAGGAGCGCUGGCCGGCUGGGGAGGUGGAGGACGGGGAGAGACGAAGAAGGAGGAUCCGGGAGUCGGCGAGAAAAGAAAAAAACGGGGUCAGGCCUGGGACUUAGGCAAAACGGGGGAUCCAAACGAGGGAGGAUCAUUCAGUCAUUUUUUUGUUUUGUUUGACUUUUCUGUUGCAUUGGACCGCCACUCUUUUGGCGAUGCCAUCCAACACGGUCACCACCGCCGCUGCUUUCAAGAGCCCCAGCUUCAACUGUGACAGUGGUGGAAACCUGAUGACUGAGAGUUCAAGGCUGGAGAAGGAUCUUCCUGCAGCGGAGAGGCCAGCGCUCAGCACUCCGGUCCGCAGAGUGGGGCGACCCGGCCGCAAACGCAAGCACCUCCCCGUGGAAAACUGUGGAUCACUGAAAGAUCUGGUGGGCGUGGCUAAGAAUCACAGAGGGGUGGAGCUCCAGUCCUGUUCGCAGGUUCAGGUUCAGAAUGGAGAUGUGGGAAAGAGGCAUGAGGACAGAUCCUCCGAGUGCUCUUAUCCCACGCAGGACAAGAAUGCUCCGGAAAACGGUCUCCCUCGUCCUGCAGGCUGCAGGGCUCAGUGCCCCGCUGACCCGAGCAUGAGCCCCUCCGUGGAGAACGGAUUUGCUCUUGCCCGGGACGAGCGCGACUCCGAGAAGGACAAAGAGGAGACGCUGCCAACUCUGCCUCGCAAGAAACGAGGGAGACGGAAACUGGAGCGGCCGACUAAAUACGUCGAGCACAAGGAGGACGAAAGUGGAGACUUCUUGAAGAAUGAGGGAGCUCGAGGCAGGCUCCGUGGGGGAGUGGGCUGGGAAAUCAGCCUGCGGCAGAGACCCAUGCCCAGAGUAACCUUCCAGGCGGGUGACCCUUAUUACAUUAGCAAGAGGACCAGGGAGGAGUUGCUGGCCAAGUGGAAGAUGGAGGCGGAGAAAAAGGCCAAGCAGGUUUCCGGGAUGAACUCGAUGGAGGAGCACGGAGAGGUGGAGGCCGAGCCUCAGAAAGCCAGCGGCACCAUCAGCAGUCCACUGACCCCUGCACCACCACAACAACAGCAACAACUAGCCCAGCCUCAGGCUCUUCCCAAAGCCCAACCUCAACCACAACCACAACCCCCUCCUCAGCAGCAACCUCCACCUCAGCAGCAACAACAACAGCAGCCUACGGAUCCUGCUUCCCCAACAGUGGCCACUACCCCAGAGCCAGUGCCUAUAGGGGAUGGAGACAAGACUUCUCCCAAGUGCUCUGACACAGAGGCCGAGUAUGAGGAUGGUCGAGGCUUUGGAAUUGGCGAGCUGGUUUGGGGGAAACUGCGUGGCUUCUCUUGGUGGCCUGGACGCAUUGUCUCCUGGUGGAUGACAGGACGAAGCCGAGCUGCUGAGGGAACAAGAUGGGUCAAGUGGUUUGGCGACAGCAAGUUCUCCGUGGUCUGUGUUGAGAAACUAUUGCCUUUGAGUUCCUUCCACAAUGCCUUUCACCAGCCAACUUACAACAAACAGCCAAUGUACAAGAAAGCCAUCUACGAGGUGCUACAGGUAGCCAGCAGUAGAGCAGGAAAAGUGUUCCUCACGUGCCCUGAGAGUGACGACACUGACACCUCUAAGUCGGUGGACAUGCAGAACAAGCAGAUGAUUGAGUGGGCCAUGACAGGAUUCCAACCCACUGGCCCCAAGGGCCUAGAGCCACCUGAAGAGGAGCGCAACCCAUAUAAGGAAGUGUACCCUGAGAUGUGGGUGGAGCCCGAAGCUGCAGCCUACAUGCCCCCGCCCGCAAAAAAGCCCCGCAAAAGCACGAGCGCAGAGAAACCCAAGGUCAAAGACAUCGUUGACGAGAGAACUCGAGAGAGGCUUGUCUACGAAGUGCGACAGAAGUGCAGGAACAUCGAAGACAUCUGCAUCUCUUGUGGAACACUGAAUGUUUCCCUUGAGCACCCACUUUUCAUUGGAGGAAUGUGCCAAAGCUGUAAGAACUGCUUCCUUGAAUGUGCGUACCAGUAUGAUGACGACGGUUACCAGUCCUACUGCACUAUCUGCUGUGGAGGGAGGGAGGUCCUCAUGUGUGGAAACAACAACUGCUGCAGGUGUUUCUGUGUGGAGUGUGUGGAUCUGCUGGUGGGGCCAGGGGCAGCGCAGGCAGCUAUAAAAGAGGACCCGUGGAACUGCUACAUGUGUGGCCAGAAGCCCCAGUACGGACUGCUGGAGCGCCGGGCCGAUUGGCCCAGCCGCCUGCAGCACUUCUUUGCCAACAACCAUGACCAAGACUUUGAACCUCCAAAGCUAUAUCCUCCAGUUUUGGCAGAGAAGAGAAAACCCAUUCGUGUCCUAUCGCUCUUUGACGGCAUCGCCACAGGGCUGCUGGUGCUGAAGGAAUUGGGCAUUCAGGUGGAGCGCUAUGUGGCAUCUGAGGUGUGUGAGGAUUCCAUCACUGUGGGUAUUGUGAGACAUCACGGGCGCAUCAUGUAUGUUGGCGACGUGAGGAAUGUCACGCACAAACAUAUACAAGAGUGGGGGCCUUUUGAUCUUGUCAUAGGUGGAAGCCCUUGUAAUGAUCUGUCCAUAGUUAAUCCAGCACGGAAAGGUCUCUAUGAGGGCACUGGUCGGCUGUUCUUUGAGUUUUACCGGCUUUUACAUGAAGCUCGUCCUAAAGAAGGAGAUGAGAGGCCGUUCUUUUGGCUUUUUGAGAAUGUAGUGGCCAUGGGCGUCAGUGACAAGAGGGACAUCUCUCGCUUUUUAGAGUGCAACCCUGUGAUGAUAGAUGCCAAGGAAGUGUCUGCUGCACAUCGUGCCCGCUACUUCUGGGGUAACCUUCCUGGCAUGAACAGGCCGCUGACUGCCAUGAACUCUGACAAACUGGAUCUUCAAGACUGUCUGGAACACGGCAGGACUGCUAAGUUUGAUAAAUUGAGGACCAUCACCACUCGGUCGAAUUCCAUAAAGCAGGGCAAAGACCAGCACUUCCCUGUUUACAUGAAUGAUAAAGAGGACAUCCUGUGGUGCACUGAGAUGGAGAGGGUGUUUGGCUUCCCUGUCCACUACACAGACGUGUCCAACAUGAGCCGGCUGGCCAGACAGAGGCUGCUGGGCCGUUCUUGGAGCGUCCCGGUCAUCCGCCACUUGUUUGCACCACUCAAAGAGUACUUCGCCUGUGUGUGAACCCCAACGCAGCGAGGAGAAGAGAAACCCAAAUUGAUGUAUGAAAUAACAAGAGCCUUGUAUAUUAUUUACAGCAUAAACAUCAAAGUAGGUAUUUCUUUUGUUUUCAAAAAAAUAUUUGACUCUUUUUUAUUCUAUUUAAUUGUUUUUUUUUUUAUUCAAUUCAUUUUACUUUUUAGCAGUGUUAUCCAGAAUUUGAACUGAUUUAUGUGUGCAAGCUAUACUUGAGAUGGGGCCUCCUAUCAAGGCACUGAGAGACAAAAGUGAGAAAGUAAAUGAUGGAAAAGUAGUAGAUCGUUCAUUUCACUGGCAUAAGUUACAGAUAGAGUUUGGCGUUGAGUAACUGGGCUGGGUUUUUGGGCCGCUACAUCGCUCACUUUUUUUCUCUUCUCCAACGACUGAGCCUUGGCGAGAGCAAAAAAAAAAAACACAACAAAAGGUGUCUUUCUCUUCAGUGUCAGGGGAGCUCUGUCUUAACCAAUCCAAAACACUACAUCACAAAUACCUCUUUGUUUACAGUUUCUAUACACUAACUGAAGGUAAUAAAAGGUACUACUGUAAUAGGUGACAAUAUGGUGCUUCAAGGUGGUGAAAAACAUUGCAACUCAUGUGGUGCUACUACUUCAAAACCGGAUGGGGUCGCCUUUAGACCGUUAGCCAGGUUAAAAAAAAAAGUGAUGCUAAACUUCAAACGAGGACUCGUCAAAGCCAGGUCUGCCACAUCUCAUUUUGUAUUUUUUACAGUGUUUUAUACAAUACCUUACUGGUGCUCUAUUCCAACUCCUCAGCCUUGCAGUCACUGAGGUCCGUUCCUGCGUCCAUAAACACACACACACACACACACACACUCACUCGCACACAGAGUGUGCUGGCCUGCCACAUGGGCCGUGAUGUUUUUUUGUCAUCCAUACCUUGAGAUCAACGGCUGUGCUGAGCUACAUUUUUUCUAGCGUCACACAGGCCAGAAUCAUUACUGUACAACUCUCAGCAUGCGCGGCGGUCGCAGGGUGGGCAGCGUCGGGUUUGCUCUUGGCCUGCUGGACCCCCCUCUAUAGCCCCUCGCAGGCUAUCCUCAGUCAGGUGCAAAACUUAAAAAAAGGUGCGGCUUCACAAUGUUCUUCUACCUUUUUAUAGCAAAUUUUUUGUGCUGUGUUACCAACAAUAUCAAGCACUUUUGUAUAUGUAUACUUCUUUUUAUUUCCGUUGAUAUUUUUGAAUAUUUCUUCUUGACUCUUGUGAAUUUUUUUAGCUUUGUUUUGUUUUGUUUUUUUUUUCUUUAGUUAUGUUCUAUGAUGUGAAACUCUCUUUACCAUUAUAUGAGGUAAUCCUUUUUUCUGUACAGUAGGGCUGUGCCAAUAGAUGUGAAAAGAAUGGGUUCAUAGGUUAGGGGGAAGUUCACCUGUCGUUCUGUUGGUGAAUUGGGCUAAAUCAAAAUGCCACCCUGAUCUGCUACAGUGGUGCUUCGUCAUAAUCCACAUUAAGUACUGUCUGCUCCCAGUGUCGUGCGUAUAUGAGCCUAAAAGUACCUUUCGCUAGAUAUGCCAUUUGACGGAUGCUUCUCUCGUGUUGUCAUUAGCGAUGUCUAGUCUCUCCCUAUUAGUUCUGCGGUUGUUUGGAUCACGUCAAAGCAUGUGGCCAUUUAAGGAGCAUAUACCUUUUAAAGGAAUCUAAAUUGUGUUUGCAAGGCUAAAAAACUGACUAAUGUACUCUACUUAACAAGGUAGGCCUGUAUUAUUGGCGGCUUAUGGAAAUUUGUGAAGUGGUUUAGAAUUAUAGUAAAAGUCUAUGUGCAUUUAAAUUAUUGUACUUAGUACAGAUUUGCUCAUUGGCAAACUAUCAUACGAUGUUUUACAGAAACAAAUUAGAUUUCUUUCUUUUAUAUAAGGCAUUGCACUGCAUACAUACCUUAAUCUUGCUUACUGUUCUGCAGUAACUCCUUUCUUGCAUUCAGAUGAUAUCAAUGCCCAUAUUUUUUGUACAUUUUGUACAUAGAAUAUGUCUGUUGCUGUUUUUGACUGUUUUAAAAUGACCUAUGAGAUGUACAAAUAUAAUUCUUUGCUAAUAUAUAUCAUGGAAUCAAAAAAAAAGUCUCCAAUUGCAAAGAGAGGGGUAAUUGACAAAAUUGCGACAUGAAAAAUUGACAUAAGCUAUAGAGCAGUGGGGUGGGAAGACUGCUGGUCUUUUGUGUUUCAUAUUUAUAUGUCGUGUGUUGAACAAGGAAAGCAAAAAGAAUGAAUUUGCCAAGUGAUCUUAACAGUAGAUGGAAAAUUCCAUCUUUACUGCACAGCCCUACAUACAAAAAGUCUGUUUUUAUUUGCGUUUAAUUCUUUUAUAAGUAAUAAAAGGGGGAUUGUAGGUGUUUCCUAAGGUGCUAAACAUUUUAUCUAAUUGAGAAAAAACUAUAUUAUUUGGAAGAGAAAUAAACUUGUCUUGACAAUGACUGUUUUUAUGUUCCUUGUAGUAUUGGAAAAGCACUAUUAUUUUACUCUCUCAUAUAAAUAUAUUAACAAAGGCAUUUUAACUUUGUACUUGAAAAAAAUGAUAAUGAAAAGAUUCUUAUAUUGUUUUAGAAUAGACAUUGCUGUAGUUGGUGCUUAUCUGUGGGAAAAUCAUGUACUCAUAUUAGGAAGUAAGAAAAAAAAUUGUAAUAACUUUUGCUGUUAACAUGUACUUGCUUAAUAUCCAGGCAGCAUUGCUUUUAAGUCCUACAUUCCAUGCCAUAUAUCCAGCCCUCCAUCUUUUGUUCCUUUUGUUUUGUUUUUUUUUUAGAUCAUUUUUAUUUUAUAUAUUUUUUGGCUACUGUGGCCUAUUUGUUUGCUCUCGUAACAGGUUCUCUAUAUAUAUCUCAGUGACACUGUUGAUUUUGUGUGACCUCUUCUGUGUCAUAACUGUUUUCAAGCCUUCUCCUUUCGAGAUCAGCUCAUACAGCAGAUGUAGCAGUCAUUUUCCACCUCUCCUCCCUCUCUCUUUUGUUAUGUGCCCAGAACGAAGAAAAAAGGCUCCUUAUGUACUUGUGCUGGAGAACACUUGAAUAAAUGUAUUGUUUUUUGUGCAAAAACGA